CCAUAUUAGCAGCAGCUGGUUGGCCAAUUAGGUGCUAAUAAUAACUAGCUAGUUGCACCAGUAACCAGCUAGAAAGAGGCAUGGCAAUGGAGGUCGCCGUCGGUGGCACGAGGAUGCCGGUGGCGGCGCUGGUUCUCGUGGCACUGGCCAUGGUCUGCCUGUCCGGCAACGGGGCGGCGGCGCAGCAAGCGAGCAGCGUGGCGGCGACGUACAACCUGUACAACCCAGAGAAGAUCAACUGGGACCUGCGCGCCGCCAGCGUCUACUGCGCGACGUGGGACGCCGACAUGCCGCUGGCGUGGCGGAAGAGGUUCGGCUGGACGGCGUUCUGCGGCCCCGCCGGCGCGCACGGCCAGCCGUCCUGCGGCCGCUGCCUCCAGGUGACGAACAGGGCGACGGGGGCGCGGACGGUGGCGAGGGUGGUGGACCAGUGCGACAACGGCGGGCUCGACCUCGACGUCGCCGUGUUCCGGCGGAUCGACACCGACGGAGGCGGCGUCGCCAACGGACACCUCGUCGUCGACUACGAGUUCGUCGGCUGCCAGGGCUGA